AUGUCAUCUUCAGGUGGCACACCUUUAGCGGCACACAAGCAUAUUCGAGUACUUGCUUGCGUGCUUUGCCAGCAUCGCAAGAUCAAGUGUGAUCGCAAUACACCAUGCUCCAAUUGUGUAAAGGCCAAUGUCACAUGCACCCCAAGUGUACCAGCACCUGCGCGAAAGCGCCGCCGACCAAACCAGGAUUUACAAGAGCGCCUGGCGCGGUGCGAAAAACUGUUACAGCAGUAUGCUGCGGGUGGCUCCCCACUUGAUCCCAUGGCAGCUAUAUCUCCUGAUACGCUGACUACAACGACAAAAUCCGAGUCUACCGAUCGUACUCUUGGCGCCGGAUCAGAGAAUAGCCUAGCGUGGAAGAAAGCUGGUAGAAUGAUUCAAGAAGAAGGCGGAGCGCGGUUUAUGGACAGUGAGAUUUGGGCAACAUUGUCAGAAGAGCUUCAAGGUAUGCGGACGCUCAUGGAUGAAGAGUCAGAAGACGCCAGUAUCCGAAGCCCCGACGAAUCAACACCAGAAAACCAGUCCGAUCUGCUAUUAGCAGGCGAUGUCAGCCGAAUAUCGAUCGAUGAUUUGAUUCCGGACGCUGUCCAUGUAUUUCGACUCUGGCAGAUCUUUCUGGAUCGGGUUAACCCCCUGACUAAACUGAUUCACGUCCCUACUAUUCAACCAUACGUCGUUGAAAUCACAUCAAAUCCAUCCAACGUUCCGUUGAAUUAUCAAGCACUAUUAUUUGCCAUAAUGGGUAUGGCAACAGUCUCGCUUACACAAAGUGAAUCGAUACAGCUUCUUGGUCUCACCAGAGAGCGCGCCAUCCAAAAUUUCAACUCUGCUACGCGAACCGCCCUUGUACGGCAAAACUUUUUGAAGAAUUUCAGUAUGCCGUCGCUUCAAGCAUUGAUACUAUUUAUUCAUUCCAUUGAAAGUCGAUAUAACCGACAUUCUGCCUGGGUACUUAGCGGCAUUAUAGUGCGAAUAGCAAUCAAGAUGGGCUAUCACCGUGAUGGAGAGGAGCUGAAGCUGAAUCCCUUCGAAACAGAAAUGAGGCGUCGAAUCUGGUGGGGUCUCAUAAUGUACGAUGGGAAGCUGGCACAGCUGUCAGGGCUCACCAAUGCAUUCAUUACAAUGCAGUGGGACACGAAACAACCGCUUAAUAUCAAUGAUUCGGAUCUAUUCCCAUCCGCUACCGAACCGGUCAAGGCACGUGAUGGACCGACAGAGAUGAUUUGGUAUCUCAUGAUCAUUGAGUGUUUCAAGUUUGGCCAAAAGAUUGACGCCUCGGAAAGUGGGCAUGCGUUUGAGGCUGCUGUUCUCGGCCAAGGAAUGGAAGGGGAUCAUUGGAAGGAAACGCAUGCUUGUGUGCUACAAAAAGCGCGGGUUUACCUGGACGAACUCAUUGAUAACCUCAUCGAUGUCGAAUCCAAGUAUUGCGAUCCAUCUGCUGGCAACGUCCAUAUUGCUGCACUGACGAUACGACCGCGCGUAUCAAAUCAUCUGACAGCCCUCUUAACCCCCAUUCAUGAGCAAGAAGAGUGGGGUUCGGAGAUAUUCGGUCCAAAAGAUGUCAUGUUCAAGUUCAUCCUUAUGGCUAAUGAGAACCGCGCCAACGCGUUUGACCAGAUGACGAAGAGUGGUUUUCUAUGGUAUGUUCGCCUGCAUUUCCAGGACGAACUGUUUGCAAUUCUCACAGCUCAACUUACUACCCGAACGAAGGGAUCACUGGUUGAGCGCGCGUGGAAAGUAAUUGAGCGAACAUACCGUGAUUAUGCCGAACUGUUUGACAUGACAGAGAAGGCUUACCUGAGUCAGGCUCAACUGUCGCUGAGGGCAUGGGGAGUUCGUGAGCGGGUUUACCGAGAAGAAGGCUUUCCCUUGGACACGCCAUCAUAUAUCGUUCGAUUGAGAGAUAUGGUCCCAACACCCGAACCAACCCCAGCAGCCAUGCCGGUCUCCGAGCCAGCUCAAUCUAAGGCGGCAACACCUUCCAAUAUUCCCUACACCCAAGCUCUGCAGUACCCACAGACGGGUAUUAUGAACAUGAAUGCAUAUACAGGUGGCUACCUCGACACCUCCUCGAUGAAUUGGGAUAUGCUUGGCGACAUGAUGGUCAAUGAAAACGAUCAGUUUUCAUCGACAAUAUUUGGUCCAUACAAUGGCGGCACCAACGAUGGACAUAAUCCCCAUAUGAAUAUCAUGUGA